UCUCUCUCUCUCUCUUCCCUCACUCUGCAGAAUAGAAAAAGAAACAAACGAACAAAAAUAAAGUUGUUCAAUGGAGAAAUGAGACUCUGCACAGAUUCGUGAGAUAAAUUUGGGAUUCCGAAAGAUCAAAGAUGCUUCGAUUUGUCCUCGCAUGUCUUCUCAUCUUGUCUUUUCGUCUCCCUUCUUCCUCUGCUCGACCAGCACCAUAUGCCUUGCGGAUCAGCUGUGGAGCUCGAAAAAACGUUCGAACCCCACCAACGUACGCACUUUGGUACAAGGAUAUCGCGUAUACAGGAGGCAUACCUGCAAAUGCAACAUCACCUAGCUACAUAACUCCUCCUUUAAAGACGCUUCGUUACUUCCCAAUCUCCGAGGGUCCAAACAACUGCUACAACAUCGUCCGAGUUCCCAAGGGACAUUACUCUGUCAGGAUCUUCUUUGGAUUAGUUAACCUUCCUAACUUUGACAAAGAGCCUCUCUUUGACAUCUCUAUAGAAGGGACUCAGAUUUCUUCUCUGAAAUCUGGUUGGAGUAGCCAUGAUGACCAAGUAUUCGCUGAAGCUCUCAUUUUUCUUUUUGGUGGGACGGCUACAAUCUGUUUCCACAGUACUGGUCAUGGAGAUCCUGCCAUACUUUCAAUUGAGAUUCUCCAGGUUGAUGAUAAAGCUUACAACUUUGGUGAAGGCUGGGGCCAAGGAGUGAUUCUAAGAACAGCCACAAGGUUGACUUGUGGUACUGGGAAGCCAAGGUUUGAUGAAGAUUAUAGUGGGGAUCAUUGGGGUGGUGAUAGGUUUUGGAAUCCCAUGAGAUCUUUUGGUAAGAGUGCUGAUUCUCCAAGAUCUACUGAGAAUACCAUCAAGCAGGCUUCUGUCUCGCCGAAUUUUUAUCCUGAAGCACUGUAUCAGUCAGCUUUAGUCAGUACUGACGACCAGCCUGAUUUAACUUACAGUUUGGAUGUGGAACCCAACAGAAACUAUUCAGUGUGGUUGCACUUUGCAGAGAUUGAUGCUACAGUCACUGCUGAAGGGAAAAGAGUGUUUGAUGUUGUGAUAAAUGGUGAUACUUUUUUCGAAGAUGUUGAUAUCAUCAAGAGGAGUGGUGGCCGAUACACAGCACUUGUUCUCAAUGCUACAGUGACUGUGAGUGGAAGAACAUUGACAGUCGUUCUACAACCCAAGGCAGGAGGUCAUGCUCUUAUUAAUGCCAUCGAGGUCUUUGAAAUCAUAACUGCUGAGUUUAAAACGUUACGCGAUGAAGUCAAUGCGUUACAGAAAAUGAGAAAAGCUUUAGGACUUCCUUCAAGGUUUGGAUGGAAUGGUGAUCCAUGUGUUCCCCCACAACAUCCAUGGAGCGGAGCUGAUUGUCAGCUGGACAAGAACACCAGCAGAUGGUUCAUUGACGGACUUGAUCUUGAUAACCAAGGUCUGAAGGGUUACCUGCCAAACGACAUAUCAAAGCUAAAACAUCUUCAGAGCAUAAACUUGAGUGAAAACAGCAUUCAUGGAGGAAUACCUGCAUCGCUUGGAAGCAUUACGAGCUUGCAAGUAUUGGACCUCUCAUACAACUCUUUCAAUGGAUCUAUCCCUGAAACAUUAGGAGAGUUAACAUCCUUGCGGAUUCUGAAUCUCAACGGGAACUCUUUGUCAGGAAAAGUACCAGCAGCUGUAGGUGGAAGGCUGUUGCACAGAGCAAGCUUCAACUUCACAGAUAAUGCAGGUCUUUGCGGAAUCCCGGGGCUUCCAGCUUGUGGGCCUCACCUUUCUUCCGGAGCCAAGAUAGGGAUUGCAUUCGGUGUUAGUCUAGCAUUCCUUUUGAUCGUGGCAUGUGCAAUGAUAUGGUGGAAAAGGCGACAAAACAUUCUUCGGGCACAGCAGAUUGCAGCAAGAGGAGCUCCUUAUGCAAAAAAGAGAACACAUGUAUCUCAUGAUAUCCAAAUGUCACGGCAUGGGCACAAUAACCACGGCCAAGCUCGUACUGCUGUCGAAAAUGGACCGAGCUUGUUGUCUUGAUUCACUUCUCUGGGAGUUUCAUUCUUAUCUGGUUUUUUUCAUCAACACGAAUCACAAACCUGCAAGGUAUCGGAAUGUUCAUACGGUGUCUACCACAUUGGUCCUCACAAGGAAAAAGAGCGAGACAUAGCAAGAGAAAGACCCUUCUUAUAACUCUAGACUGGCUCAAUGCAAAGAGGAAAUACAUUUGUAAAUCAUCUUGGGAUUCUUCUUAAUUCUCGCAAUAUGCAGAAUCAGUUCUCAUAGAUAUAGGAUUCGAUUUUUCUCGUUUAUUUUGUGGGAUUAGUCCCUUUGUUUCUUUUGUCUGAUGGGAGUUUAGAGGAAACUAAGAACAUAGUUAAAAAGCAAAGAAGUAAACUACAUGUUCGUCGUUGCAA